AUGGUGCAUUUGAUGGAGGAGUUGCUGGAGCGCCUUAAUCAAGAUGAGCUUGAAUUAUUUUGGACCCAAGCUUGGCUUGUUUGGAAUCAGUGUAACAGCCUGUUGCAUGGUGGUCGACUGAAGGUACCAAGUAGUUUAAAUACUCGGGCUGAGGAGUAUAUCACAGAGUUUAGAAGUGCGCAAAAUCGGCUGGAUGUGCAACGAACACAACAACCAAUAGGUGAUAUUUGGCAGCCACUGCCACCAGAAGAGUUUAAACUAAACUUUGAUGCUGCUGUGUUUUCAGAUUUAGGUAGAACAGGCUAUGGUGCAAUUAUUCGAAAUGAAAAAGGUGAAGUAAUGGCUGCUAUGACUGCUAGUGGUCCGAUGGUGCACAACAACGAUGAAGCUGAAUUUCUUGCUUGUCGAAAAGCUAUAGAGUUUGGAGUGGAUGCUGGAUUUUCGAGGUUGAUAGUUGAAGGGGACAAUAUCAAUGUUACUCGUGCUAUCUCUUCUUCUUUGGAAAACACUUCUCCAUUUGGCAAUGUUGUGGAUGACAUUCGCCAUUUGUUGCGGAGUUUGCAAUGGGUUAGUGUUGGCUAUAUUAGGAAGGGUGGGAAUCAAGUAGCACAUGUUUUGGCCCAAUUUGCUAGAAAUACUUUAGAUGAGGAUGUUUACUGGAUGGAGGACUCUCCCCCACUAGUAGUUGAAGCCUUGUAUCGUGAUCUUUCACUUCUUUAA